AUGACUACUUCUCCAUCGUUUUUCAUUCACAUGUUCUCUUCUGCUAGACGGGCGGAAAACGAACAUAUUCCCUCUUUUUUGAUUUUCUUCUUCUUCUUCCGUUCUUCUUCUUCUUCUUCUUCUUCUUCUUCUUCAUCAUCUUCUUCUUCUUUCGUUCUUCUUCUUCUUUCGUUCUUCUUCUUCUUCUUCCUCUUCUUCAUCUUCUUCUUCUUCUUUCGUUCUUCUUCUUCUUCUUUUUCUUCCUCUUCUUCAUCUUCUUCUUCUUCUUUCGUUCUUCUUCUUCUUUUUCUUCCUCUUCUUCUUUUUCUUCUUUCGUUCUUCUACUUUUGUUGUUGUUCUUCUUCUUUCCUUAUUCGUCUUCUUCUUUCGUUCGUUCUUUCUUCUUUUUCUUCUUUCGUUCUUCUUCUUUCCUUCUUCUUUUGUUGUUGUUGUUCUUCUUUCAUUCUUCUACUUCUUCUUCUCCUUCUUGUUCCGUUCUUCUUCUUCUUCUUCUUUCGUUCUUCUUCUUCUUUUGUUGUUGUUGUUCUUUCAUUCUUCUUUUUCUUCUUCUUCUUCUUUCGUUCUUCUUCUUUUGUUGCUGUUGUUCUUAUUUCAUUCUUCUUCUUCUUCUUCUUCUUCUUCUUUCAUUCUUCUUCUUUUGUUGUUGUUCUUCUUUCAUUCCUCUUCUUCUUUCGUUCUUCUUCUUUCGUUCUUCUUCUUCUUUCGUUUUUCUUCUUCUUCCUCUUAUUCUUCUUUUUCUUAUUUCGUUCUUCUACUUUUGUUGUUGUUCUUCUUCUUUCCUUCUUCGUCUUUUUCUUUCGUUCGUUCGUUCUUCUUUUUCUUCUUUCAUUCUUCUUCUUUUUCUUCUUCUCAUUUCGUUGUUCUUCUUUUGUUGUUGUUGUUCUUUCAUUCUUCUUUUUCUUCUUCUUCUUCUUCUUUCGUUGUUCUUCUUUUGUUGUUGUUCUUCUUCUUUCGUUCUUCUUCUUCUUCUUUCCUUCUUCUUCUUUUGUUGUUGUUGUUCUUCUUCUUUCAUUCUUCUUGUUCUUCUUUCAUUCUUCUACGUCUUCUUCUCAUUCUUCUUUCGUUCUUCUUCUUCUUUCGUUGUUCUUCUUUUGUUGGUGUUCUUCUUUCAUUCUUCUUCUUCUUCUUCUUUCGUUCUUCUUCUUCCUCCUCCUGCUUCAAUCCCUUUCUCUCACUGUUACCGAAUCAUGCCUGGUAACCAAUUUUUCAAUUGCUCGCGACGACAAUUAUUCUUUACCGCUUCCCGAAAUCUCAUUCGGUUCCUAUUGA